AGGGUGCUCGUGUGUCCGGGCAGUACGAUAUUACAAAGGUUGCUGUUGGUGAACGCAAAUAUUCAGGAUGUCUCUCAGUCAAACGUCGGUGCUCAAAGUAUACACCACCGUCAUUGACGAUGUCAUUGCCGGGGUGCGGGAUGCCUUUCUAGAUGAAGGUGUGGAUGAGCAGGUGUUGCAAGAAAUGAAGCAGGUAUGGACCACCAAACUAUUAGCCUGCAAAGCUAUCGAGUCCACGCCCGAAUCACAAGACCAACAGAACCCUUCUGCUGUAUCGAACAAGUCGGCAUCACACGCAAAAACGAAUGGAACGAAGAAAUCCAAAGCUGCAAGCGCAGCAGCUACCGCUGCUGCAGCAUCAAAUAAUCAACAGGAAAAUGGAAAGCCCAAUAAUAACACAAAGGCCAAUCCGGAGUUGAAAAAUGCGAACGUACCAUCGUUAGUUCCUACUGGAAAUGCACAGCCAACGUCCGCUGUAAAUCAGAAUAGUACUGGCAAUACCACUUCCACCACCGUUACAAACACUACUACAUCGACACCACAACAGCAGCAGCAACCACAGCAACAACAAAACUCUUCACCGGCUGCCGUUGUUUCUGCUCUCGAUCCGGACAAGCAGGUCGCUAUCCAGAUAACGCUGCCAGCACAACCGAACGUGCCCAACAGUCAGCCGAGGGUGCUCACGAUUCAGGUGCCCGCUUCGGCGUUGCAGGAAAAUCAACUGCAUCAAGUGUUGACCAGUCCGAUCAUUUCCUCCAUCAUGCCACUACCACCGCACAUUGCAUCAAACGUGUUGCAGCAGCAUGUGAAUAAUUAUUUGCAGAAUCUUAAUAUAAAUACCGUUCCGAUACAAAAACAACUGGAUGGUGCCUGUGACGAAAAGCUUUGGAUGGGAGAAGGAGCAGAAGGAGAGGUUGCUGCCAUACACUACAAACUUGUGGAACUACCGCCCAAGAAUAGCUUGGAUCGGUAUCGGCUCGAUCGGCAGCUGAUAAAUGCACUGGUAGCAGCUGGUGCAAAAUCUACCAUCACGAUGGAUGAUAAUGAACCGAUUGCUUCUGGUAGCAGCAGUAGUAGAAGUAGUAGUGGCAUUAACAGAUCGCGGUCAAAGGUAAAGGUAAAGGCGAUGGCUAGAACAGCUCGUCGUCGCCCUCUGAAAGCGAUCCGCGAAUCACGGGAACUGAACGGAGAGGAUGGCGAAGUAUCGUCCACUUCGUUCCAUAUCUGCAGCAGCCUUCAGCUAGAUGGUGCUGUAGACACAUCCGACGAAGAAGGAAGUGACAUCAGUGACGACAACAUUGUCGACGAUGAUGAUGAAGACUUGGACAAAGAGGAGGAGGAUGAUUUGGAAGCGGAAGGUGGAGCGGAGGAGGAACCGCUCAAUAGUGAAGACGACGUGACCGACGAAGACGCAUCCGACUUGUUCGAUACGGAUAAUGUCGUCGUUUGUCAGUAUGAUAAGAUCACACGAUCUCGCAACAAGUGGAAGUUUUAUCUAAAGGAUGGCAUCAUGCAUAUAGGUGGCAAAGAUUAUGUGUUUCAAAAAUCGAACGGUGAUGCAGAAUGGUAAGC